AUGCUCGCCCGAACCCUCCGAGCGCGCACUACAGCGCGCAUCUUCCCUACCAUCUUCCGCGCUUCCUACUCGACGCCGGCUCCGACCGACCAGAAACUUGCCAAUGACCCGGUAAAGCGCGAAGCCAAGCAGAACGUCUCAGCCACCAAUGCGACCCCCACAUCUUCGGAAGGCUCAUUUGACAAGAUACUGGUGGAGAGCGUAGAGAAAGCAGAGCAAUUGAGGACGGCACAGAGUCCUAAUCGACAGGAAGUCUGGAGCACUAGCCAGCAACCCCGGGAACUUGCUAUGCGUGGACCGAGAUUCGAACAAACCAUCUUUGAAGACCAGCCUCGUCCCUAUGCUGCCAUCGAUUUGAUCCACAGGCAGCCUGUCCGUUGGACUAAGGAGCGUGUUGUUUCCUGUGACGGUGGAGGCGGUCCCCUCGGCCAUCCCAAGGUCUUCAUCAACGUUGACAAGCCGCAAAUCUGUCCAUGCGAAUACUGCGGUCUACCUUUCGCCAACGAGCACCACCGAGAACACCUUGCGUCCCUUCCCACAACUUCAUAUCCACUUGAGCCCCAAGGCCACCCAGCUGAGGUGGAAGAAUCUCAGAGGAUCACUAAUGAGCCGCUUGGACAGCGGUAGAAU